AUCAUGCGCUUGUUUAAAGCGAAAAAACUGCUCGAAGGGCCGCAAGUGUUGGCUCGUGGUGGUGCUGUUUCACCUGCCGAGGCGACCAACAACGCCACCUAUAAUGACAUUAUCGUGCUGGCCAGCUCCGGAACACCCCAAUCAGCCAAAUUUGAGUCCGAUCUACCCUCACUGGUGAGCGAAGAGGUGUCGACCGGGACAGAAGCACACACAGCGUCGGAUGCACCUUCGGUACCGACCCUGAACGCAUUUGCACCGCCCGACAACAAUCAGCAUCCUAUCGAUCUACCGACACCGAUGGCACCGAUACCGCACGCCGGUUCGACCGAUAACGUGGUUUGCAGUAUUAAUAACGCUUCAUCAGCCGAGUCAUCUCACGUACGCAAUCAAGGUGUUGAGGCUCUACUGAUGCGGGAACACCUGCGACCGAGAACUCCACCGCCCGGUUCCCAGCUGGUUCAUGGCCAACCGAACGCAACGAUCGGCCGCAAUGGAAUUGGUACGCUCGCAGGCUUUCGGAUGGUUACCGCCGUACCGGCGAUGGUUCUCGAGGACGAUCCGCCCCUGAGGGCCACCAAGGAGAGCAAGAACGUGUUCACAUGGGGCCGCAAAAUGGGCAAAAAGUUCGAUCUUCUUCGUCGCGGGAGCGAUGCACACAAGCUAGCCGGACCGGGUAGUGUCGCACUCGUCUCAGUAGCACCCCCAGUAGUGCCACCGACAUCCACGUCUACGACAUCAAUGUCUUCCAUCAGUACGGCAGCGUCCAUCUCUUCCUCAUCGGAACCGUGCAUCAGUUCGAUCUGCGGUGACCAGGAAAGAAAAGGAAAGUCCACAACCCCUCUGAAAGCAUACCAAAGUCAGCGUACCACCAACGGGCACGAUCCACUGGUGAAGCUCAACUCGGAACGAUCGUCCGGGACGUUCCGGAACUUUUUCUACCGUAUGGGAUCUACCGGUAUGCUUAACCACAAGUCAAACCACUAUCAGAAGCAGCAGUUCUUGCAGCAACAGCAACAGCAGCAACAGAAUCACCAACCACAACAGCAAUCGCAUCAACUUCUGCAGCAUAUGUCUCUCGCCCAAACACAAGCGGACCUAAGCAAAAUGGAUCAUCAGCAGAUGCUUUAUCGCAGUAGCUCCACCAGUCAGCUGAACACCUCUUCUUACGUCAAGUGUGACGAUCCUACCGACGGUAUCAAUCUAGCCAAUGGGCACACAAAACCAUCCGUCGGUAGUUCGUCCUCAUCAUCGCAACUUCAUCUGACGGGUUUGCGAGACGAACGUUCGAACGGAAGUGGAGCUGGGGCUGGAUCUAGCCAAGCAACGGGCAACACUGGAGCGUCCUGUACAACCGCCACCAAAUCAUCCAGCUGUGACGAUAUUGCACGCGUCAGCCAGCAGUCAAGCCCUGCGGAGGGUUCUCUCUCAAAGAAGAAUCACUUCCCGUAUGCAUUCCUGCGCUCGAAGCUUUCUGUGCUUCCGGAAGAGAAUGGCGGUUCGGUUAUUAACUACAGCCGUAUCAAGGAGAAUCUUCUACGUACGGGUAAUCGCGGCUCGAUCGUUAGUCUUCGGUCAGAUCUCGAUAGUGUGUCCAUUACCGACUCGCAGCUUAACAUCUCCGGUGAGAGUGGCAGUGAUGUCUUCCUGCCGUCUGCAACCGACAGUAAGUCGAUCGGAACGAGUAGCGAUGUUGGAAUUAUGUCGCGUAACAACUCCAUCAAAACACUAACCGAUACGGAGCAUAGCUUUGUGCUGAACUAUCAGCGGCUGAGCAGUUGUUUGAGCAGCAACGAAUCGGGUUACGAUAGUGAUGGACGCCAUGCAGAGGAUAAGAUCGAUGAUGCUAGCAAUGCAUCACUAAACAGCAGUGUGAGUUCCUCUCAUCAGCAACAUCAUUAUCAGCACCAGCAACAACUCUCAGGAGGCCUUUCGACGUCCUUCAACGGUGGUGAUGCGUAUGUGGACGCGAUCCGAACGAAGGACCAAUCGUACGUCUUCGGUAGUCGGAGGCGUCUAUCGUCGUCUUCGUCGUCGAUCGUGUCCGGUGUUGGACCGGGCGGAGGAUUUGACUGUGGCACGAUACGUCGACGGUUCCGGCAGAUCAAGUUGGUCAAGCAACAGGGAGACGAAACGAUCGGCAUUGAGCUGACACCGCAAACUAUCGGGCUGGAUGAGGGCGAGUGUGAGACGCGCUAUCUGGUCACCGAGAUCGAUCCAGAAGGGAUUGCUUACAAGGACGGCCGAUUGCGCAUCGGCGACGAGAUUGUGAACGUAAACGGGCAUCAUUUACGUGGCCUGCAGUCUCCCAGCACUGUGCACCGUAUCCUAUCGACAUUUGUCAACAAUGUCGUAGAUCUUGUCAUUGCACAUGACGAGUUAACUACGUUCAACUCUGACGCCAAUCGAAAGAUUAAGAUCGAUUCCCGGCCGAUCGGUGGAUCCACCCCAUCCUCAUCCGGUGCGAUCUCGAUCACCUCCUCCGACGGAUCGUCGGCGUCCUCGUCAUCCUCGUCCUCACCGACGGCCCGCGCAUCCAAGUCGUCCGUAACGGCGGUCGGUGGUGGUGGUGGCGCUGGUGGACAACCCGCCAAACCAUUCCCACUCACACCGAUCUACGCACCGUCCGAUUAUGUGCCGGUGUACGCGAACCGCAUCUCGAUCUCGAACACGAUUUGCGACGAUGAAAAGUGGCAAAUGAUUAGCAAGCAGCGGUGUGAAGCGUUGGCCAAGAACGGGUACUCCCAGAUACUCGGCUCCAAACGUCUGAUCAAGGACAGUGAUGAGGAGAUGGUUCAGCAUAGUGGACCGAAUCAAUCGAAACACGUGAUCGAUUCGAACGAAACCGGACUCUACUCACUCUAUCGGCCAGUUUCACACGGUAGCAUCAAUCAAUCGAUACGCCAUCUUACGAGCAGUGGAGAGACGAAUGGUUCCCGUGCCUCCAUUGCCGAACCAGGACAUCCAACCGUGCUGGUGCAGGUGAUCUCGGACACGAUUCGUCGAAACGUGCCGAUCGGUUCCUCGCGCCAAACACCACUCGAAGGCUACCGAGGAUCAAAGGUACCGAAAAGUGAAGAAGACAUCCCGCGAUCUGUACAGCGAAUCCGAUUAAAAUCGAAUGAUGGUGAUUUGGAUAGUAAAACGGAAGGAAAUGCUGCUCCGUUGCAGCGUUCCAAAACGGAGAACAAUAUUAGCGAUACGCGUGAGGAGUUGAAUUGCUCACUGGAUGGUACAAAGUUUGAAGCCGGCGUACGGAUACUGAUCAACGAGGAGGGAUCGUCUUACAUCGAGGGAAUACACAAGUGUACCUAUCUUACUGUCACCUUCUACAAGGGUACGGGAAUGAAAUCGCUUGGAUUUAGCAUCGUUGGUGGACGUGACUCUCCGCGGGGUAACAUGGGUAUCUACGUGAAGACCGUUUUUCCCAGUGGACAGGCUGCGCUCGACGGAACGUUAAUGGCGGGAGAUGAAAUUCUAUCUAUCAACGACGUCGCCGUGCAGGGUAUGAGCCACUGCGAAACGAUAGCACUGUUCAAGAACGUCAAAGAAGGACCGGUUGUUCUGAAGCUGACCCGAAGAAGAUAUCACCGGGCAAAGUCAGUGGAUAAUCUACCGAACUGAGAGUGCGCGAGCGCGC